AUGGACGGCGACCGCAACCCUCGAGCAUUCCUAGCUGAAAACCAGUACGACAACGAUGCUACCCUCGUUGGGUCGGACACAGCCUCAGAGGCCGAUAGUGGCCACGAGGGAUACUCAGGAGAUCUUGAUGCAGUGAAAGAUACCGACAGGGAUAUUCUCGACGAGCCGGAGGAACAUGAGAGACUCCUCGAGAAGCCAAGCCGAGGGUUCCUCGGAUUGAGCAAUGGAAAGAAGAGGACUGCGACCGCCAAAAAGGAGAAGAAACAGAGGAGAAAAGCUAGGAAAUCUAGGACAAGACUGUCUGGCGACUCUGAUAUGUUUGAGAUGGAGGGAGGUUUCAAGAACACAAGUUCGCAGUCGUCUUCAGAUUCGGAAACUCGAGGCACGAAAUGGGAUCGCCAAUUGCCAGUCAAGAAACAUCGAGGGCGGCUGGCCAUUGUCUAUCUGGCAAUUAUUGCUCUAUUCAUUGCCCUGGUCUCUGGUGCAUACAAAGCCUCCAAGAAAUAUACUCUUGCACCGACGCACCACCGUCUUAUCACGACCUCCAAUGGUACACACCACUUCCGGCCGACCACUAUCUUGAUCUCCCUCGAUGGCUUCCGCGCCGACUUCCUCACGCGCAACAUCACCCCGGCAUUGAACGCUUUCAUUGGCAGUGGUGUCUCACCCCAGUACAUGCUACCUUCAUUUCCCUCAGUUACCUUCCCAAACCACUUUACUCUCGUUACAGGACUCUACCCAGAAAGUCACGGCAUUGUUAGUAACCAAUUCUGGGACCCGACAUUCGAAGAAGAGUUCUACUACACAAACAUUGGUGUUUCGAUGAAGCCAAAGUGGUGGACUGCUGAGCCUCUCUGGGUCACCGCCGAGGAUCAGAAGGUCCGUACUGCGAUUCACAUGUGGCCAGGCUCUGAAGCCCAUAUUCCUGAUGUUGACCCAACAUAUCUCGACAAGUUCAACGGGUCGGAAGCAUUGCCACGGAAGGUGGAGCGAAUACUAGGCUGGCUGGAUCUUCCGGGUGAUGAUGACAAUGCGGCGCCAGACGCUGACAAGCGACCACAACUCAUUGCUGCGUAUGUACCGGAUGUUGACGCGGACGGUCAUAAAUAUGGACCCAACAGUACUGAAAUACGUGCCACUAUUGCUGAUGUCGACAGCAUGCUUACUAUGCUUGUCGAAGGUCUCUUCAAUCGCAAUCUGACUGAGAUCGUCAAUAUAGUGAUUGUGUCCGAUCAUGGAAUGGCUACUACAUCUACAGAAAGGCUAAUUCAACUUGACGAUAUGAUAGACAUGUCGUUGGUCGAUCAUAUUGAUGGCUGGCCACUUCGGGGUCUUCGAUUGAACAACCCUGAGCGUGAUGUCCCAAUAUUGUAUGACCAACUCUCGAGGGAGGCAGCAAAGGCUGGGACAUUUGAUGUCUACACCCGGGAGACGAUGCCAGAACGUUACCAUUUCUCCAACAAUGAGAGAAUUGCGCCUCUUUGGGUGAUUCCAAAAACUGGAUGGGCAGUGGUUGAAAGACCUGACUUUGACGUUGCUGAUGCGCUUGCUAAUGGGAAAGAAUACUUACCAAGGGGACUUCAUGGUUAUGAUCAUGAGCAUCCUCUCAUGCGCGCUAUAUUCGUUGCUCGAGGUCCAGCCUUCCCACACAAGCCGAACAGUCGUGUCGAGGUGUUCCAGAAUAUUGAGGUUUAUAAUAUCGUCUGCGAUUCAUUGGGAAUGGCUCCCCAUUCAAACAAUGGAACGCUCAGGCUUCCUCUGAAAACGAUUGGACUGCAUAGUGAUUUCGAUACUUCUGUGCCUGAGGUCCCAAGUGAUCCCGUGGAUCAUAACACCGAUGCAAGCCAGAACGACGACCCAGUAGCAGAAGAAGAUCCAACGGAGGGUAAGACACAACCCGAUGAUGCAGAAGGCACUCCAGAGGACAAUCCAGAGGAUGGUGCAGUUGAAGAGAAAAGUAGCUGGUGGAAGUUUAUACACGAAGAGCUUGAGAAGGCAAAGGAAUGGGCAAAAGAGUUCGUGGACUCGAUCAAAGGGAACAAAGAAGGUGCCAGCGAGAAUCUCGAAGCCAGCCCAAGCAUCUCAGGGUGA